UGACUUGUCCUACAACAAUAUCAGUGGCCCUAUACCAAGAAUUUUAGCUAAAUCCUUCAACAUUGUUGGAAAUCCUCUUAUUUGUGCAACUGGAAAAGAACCAAACUGCCGUGGCAUGAGUCAAUGUCCAUGAACUUAAAUGGCACUGAAGUUCUCGGUUUCGGCCUUGUUCUUUGGUGGAAGCACAAGCACAAUCAACAAGCAUUCUUUGAUGUUAAAGACCGGCAUCACGAAGAAGUAUACCUUGAAAACUUGAAGAGGUUCCAAUUCAGAGAACUCCAAGUUGCUACCAAUAACUUCAGCAGCAAGAACAUUCUUGGAAAGGGUGGUUUUGAAAAUGUCUACAAAGGAGUUCUCUCUGAUGGCACUCUUGUAGUGUCUUGUUAGAUUCUGACAUUUUGAUGUGCUAAAACACUAUUGGACUCUCCUUGUAGUGUAUUUGUUGGAAUAAAUGAAGUCUCAACUCAAAGUUGUUGCUGUUGUUGCUAUUAGCUAGCUCUGGAUUCAGCAUUCAUUCCAUGGUUAGUG